UUUGUGAGAAUGGUUUCGAUAAUGAACAGGAUAUCAUUAAUCAUUUAGAAACGAAGCAUUCUGACAUGAAUAAAAGAUCGUAUAAAUGUGAGACACGUGCAUUUGCAUUUAAACGUUUAGUACACCUUAAGCAGCAUACAAAAAUAUGGGCGUGAAACCAUAUGUUUGCGAGAUUUGCAGUAAAGCGUUUAGUCAUAAAUUUUCACUAACCAGACACAGAUAUACACGUAGCAAUAGAAAGCCGUUUGAAUGUUCGAUAUGUAACAGAGGCUUCACGGAAAAAAAAUAUUUUCUUGCAAACGUAGUGCAAGAAAAAAUAUUUUCAUGCAAAAGGUCACAUGAGUGAUACUGUAUUAAAGGACUAACCGCGACUGACAACAGAAUAGCCGAUCAAGUAAAAUUAUGACUACUCUUAAUAAUAAUAACGAGCCGAUGAUGAAAGAAAUUGAG